GAUGAUAGCACGUGUUGCGGUUGUUCGCGUUUUACGAAUUAUAUUACAGCUGAAUUAUAAAAAUUGGUUUUAAAACGUAAAAAAUUUAAUUUAAUUUAAAUAAAUAUGGCUAUGCUGGCGGAGCCACGACGCCGCAAGCGGUACAAUUUGUGUCCGCGCGGCAAGGCGCUCUAUGAGGAUGAGAACCGCUUCGGUACCAAAAUGCUGGAAAAGAUGGGCUGGACGAAGGGCAAUGGCCUGGGCGCCAAGCAGGAUGGCGAAAAGGACUUCGUCCGCAUUCGCUUCAAGAACGACGCCGAGGGAUUGGGUUUCGAGGCGAGGGAUGACCAAUGGACCACUCAUGAGGAGGGAUUCAAUGGACUACUGAAAUUACUUAAUGGCGAAGAAAAUGAGGCCAAUGGCAAGGAAUCGGAACCCGAAGAGGAAGCCCGACCAAUGGGAUUUGGCUUCAAAGCCGAGGAACCGGAGGAGCCGUCGAAGAAGAAACUGAAGGAGAACAUCAGUGGGAUGUCGCUGGAGGAGAGGUCGAAACAAAGCAGGGCUCGAGUUCACUACAAGAAGUUCACGCGCGGCAAGGACCUGUCCCAGUACAGCGAAAAGGAUUUGGCCAACAUAUUUGGCAAGAAGGCAACCGACGAUAUCGAUGCUCCAGCGCCCGUGGUGGUUGAAGAGCCCAAGGAGGAAAAGAUUGUAGAUCCCAAUUUCGCUGGCGUGCAAACCGUAAGCACGGGCCUUUCUGUCAGCGAUUAUUUUAAGCAAAAAAUGGAGGCUAUGAAAAACAGGCUAAAGAAAGGGGGUGAGAACAGUUCAACAAAGGUUCAAGACGAUGUUGUGGUUCAGGCAAAUGGCCACGAUGAGAGGCUCGAGGAGAUUCCAACAGAGACAGACGUAGAGCCCAGCAAAAAAAAGAAGAAAAAGAAGGACAAGGAAAGGACUGUCGAGCCACCAGUUGCAGAAGAAAUUAAGGAGACCGCUCCUAAACUAAAGAAAAAGAAGAAAUCUAAGCGAUCGUCUGAAGAUGAAACUGAGCAAACAGAGACCCUCUGCGUUGAAACACAACUACAAAAUAUCGACGAAUCGAAUCCCUCAAAACGAAAGAAAAAGAAGAAGGAUAAACGGGAUGAAAAUUCAGGGGAUGCGACAGAAGGAAUUGAAGAGCCUGCCUCAAAAAAGAAGAAGUCUAAUGAAAAACAAGAAUCUGCAGAAGAUUCGACAGAAGCCAUAACACACGUAGAAGAAUCUGUCCCAAAAAAGAUGAAAAAGUCCAAGAAGACCGAGCCGGUGGAUUCUGAAGUAAUUUUGGGCGACUUGUCUAAGGACACUGAAUCUGAAAAUAUAGAUGAAAAGGGUAGUAAAAAGAAAAGGAAAUCUAAAAAAGGUGAAGAUGCAAACCAAACUGAGACAGAAAACACUAUUGAAAUAAUAGAAGAAAGCUCUACAAAAAAGAUAAAGAAGUCCAAGGAAGAGGAAAAAGUUGAAACCGAAUUAAUUGAACAAAAGGAAGCACCGCCUGCCGCAUCUGAUGCCAAUGAAAAACCAUCAAAGAAGAAAAGGAAAUCGAAUAAUUUUGAGGAUCCCGUACCUGAACUGCAGAUUCCUGAGCUUGCUGUCGCCGUGGAGGCGGUAGUCAAUCAUCACAAAGGAAGGAAGCACGGGAACAACGUAAGUGCUGACAAUGAAUCCUCCGGCGAUAAAAGCGAUCAGUCAGCGAAUGAAGAUCUGCCUAAUGACCUCUUAUCACUGGAUGAGCUCAAAGAACAACUUAAAUCAUUCAAUACUUACAAAAUUUCUCAAUUUUGUGCAGACAAAUUCCAAAUGUUCGACCUAAGUGCGUUUAAAAAGUCGACACUGACCGAGAUCGUGGGCUAUGGGAUCAGCGAGAACAUCGAGCUGGAGGUGUCUGAAUCUAAGUACGAUGAAAAGCGCAUCCUUGAUCUUUGGAGCAACAAAUCCCUUCCGGAAGAUAAGAAGCCCAAGCAUAACAUACGUUAUCCGUGGAAGGUGAAACGCACUACUAUUCGCGCGGUGAAGAAAAGAGUCGCAUUUCAAGGAAUUUAAUUAGGGCAAACGAAAUAUAAUUCAACAUACUUCUUAUGAUGAUUGUUUUGUACAUAAACAACUUAAGUAGGUAGUUUUUAAGCUUCAAUGGUUUACAUUUAAGUGUGUAACAAGAUAUUUAAUUAAACUGAACUAUACAUUUCAA